AUGAAGCUUUUAUACUUAUUACCAUUUUUAUUACUGUCGGCAGUCGCUGCCGACCUCCAGAUUGAAACCGUUCACGCUGUGCAAUGUGAUACUACUGCUCAGGCUGGCGAUUUGGUGUCGGUUCAUUACUCUGGUUUCUUGGAGGAUGGAACCAAGUUCGACUCUUCAUAUGACAGGAACUCACCCUUGUCAUUCAAGUUGGGCUCUGGUCAGGUGAUCAAGGGCUGGGAUCAAGGAAUUGUGGGUAUGUGUCCUGGAGAGAAGAGAAAGUUGACGAUUCCACCAGAGUUGGGCUACGGCUCCAGAGGAAUUGGUCCUAUUCCCGCCAAUGCAGUGUUGAUAUUCGAUACCGAGUUGGUCGAUAUUGCUGGUUUGCCAAAGGACGAGUUGUAG